UUCCGGCAUUCCCUGGCACACCUUCCCAAGCUCGCUGGUUGCGGUUUGGCCUCCGAGAGGAAGCUCAGGGCUGGAACAGAGCGGGCUAGUACUGGCCAGCCUUAGCGACAGAAGCUGGGCCAUUGGCACCCUGCGCGUGCGCGCCGAGGUCACAUGACACGGGGCGGGUGCGCGGUGGGUAGAGAGAAUCCACCGAGGGAGAGGGAGGCUGCCUCCGAGGGACCUGCCGUGGCAGCUGUAGCAUGGCCAAGCUCUAUGGCGGCGUGGAAGGAGUCUCCUGUUCAGAAACUGGUCUGUUGGACUUUGGGAAGUAGCUCUGCCCGUCAUGGCUUUGGGGGAGGCACACGGUCCAAAGCCCUUUUACUUUCUGAGGAUGGGAAGAUCCUGUCAGAAGCAGAUGGACUGAGCACAAACCACUGGCUGAUUGGCACAGACAAGUGUGUGGAGAGGAUCAACGAGAUGGUGACCACUGCCAAACAGAAGGCUGGAGUGGAUCCUCAGGUACCCCUUCGAAGCCUGGGCCUGUCCCUCAGUGGUGGGGAGCAGGCGGAUGCAGUGAAGCUCCUGAUAGAAGAGUUGAAGGGCCGAUUUCCCCACCUGAGUGAAAGUUACGUAAUCACCACUGAUGCAGCAGGUUCUAUCGCCACAGCUACACCAAAUGGUGGGAUUGUGCUCAUCGCUGGAACUGGCUCCAACUGCAGGCUUGUCAACCCCAAUGGCUCCGAGAACGGUUGUGGUGGCUGGGGCCACAUGAUGGGAGAUGAGGGCUCGGCCUACUGGAUUUCACACCGAGCUGUGAAAAUUGUGUUUGACUCUAUGGACAACCUGGAGGCAGCUCCUCAUGAUAUUGGCUAUGUCAAGCAGGCCAUGUUCAACUAUUUCCAGGUGCCAGAUCGGCUAGGAAUCCUCACCCACCUGUAUAGGGACUUUGAUAAAUCCAAGUUUGCUGGGUUUUGCCAGAAAAUUGCAGAAGGUGCACAGCAGGGAGAUCUCCUUUGCAGGUACAUCUUCAAGAAGGCUGGGGAGAUACUGGGCAAACAUAUUGUGGCAGUUUUGCCAGUGAUUGAUCCGGUCUUGUUCCAAGGGAAGCUUGGCCUCCCCAUUGUGUGUGUGGGCUCAGUGUGGAAGAGCUGGGAGAUGCUGAAGGACGGCUUUCUCCUGGCACUGACUCAGGGUCGAGAGCUGCAGGCCCAGAAAUCCUUUUCCAGCUUUACCCUGAUGAAGCUACAGCAUUCUUCUGCACUGGGAGGUGCCAGCCUAGGAGCCAAGCACAUUGGAUACCAGCUUCCUAUGGACUAUAGCGUCAACGCUAUUGCCUUCUAUUCCUAUACCUUCUAGGGCCUGCACUCCCUCCCCCAUCCAGCUGACACUCUAGAAAGGUAACCACGGCUCGUGAUUCUUCUGCCAACCAGCAUACCCCUCUGUCCGCAUUGCCGCCAACCACCAGGAGCGCCAUUGCUUUAACCAACAUUUGGUGCCGUGACUCGGAUAUACACCAACCAAGGACCUGCUGACUGCUGCCACUUGCCGCCUCCACCGUCCAGCGAGACCACAAAACCAUGAGUGCACGUGCUACCUGCUUUUUUUUU